AUGAGCUCUGAAAACGACUCGUCGUCUGAAUGCCUCGCCGGCGAACCACUUGACGCCACUAGCCAAGACACUACUCCCCUCGGCCAAAAUGACGCCUCGCCGUCUUUGCUCGGAUCUGAUUCUGAGCCCCAGGAGGGAAGCUCCUAUAUGCUUGAGGCUUGGGCGCAGGCGCCCGCCUCAUCUGAACCGUGGUCAUCAGCCAAAGCCGCGUACUCGCCUCAAAGUUAG